CUUCCUAACUACCUUGAAUAACGUUCAACAGCAACCCUCGCACUGGUUGUGCACAAUAUUAUUUAUGCUCCACUCCUACAGUCUAGAUGACAAACCUCAAGACGGCGCGUCAAUACUUGUUUUCGUACGGUCCGGGUCUCGUUCGGCUUCAGCGCACUCCAUCCAUUCAACAGCACAUCCAGCCUCCAUUCCUUCCUUUGACUAGUGGCUCUGCUUCCUGGUGGGCGUGCGCAGCUGCGCAGUGAUCAACCUCGGUCCUCGGAAUCCCUUAUACUCAAUCUCGUCCUUGCUCUUCUUCGGUUCUAUUCUGACGGACACUUGCUACAAUGUGGGCGCUGGUUGCAAGUCGUGCGCGUUGAUCAGAUUCAGAAAAUUAGAAUGUUACACUCGGGCUUUCACCAUCGGAGCCAAGACAUACCCCAGUGCUUUGCCGCAGUGCUGUGCAGCUAGUACAGAAUUCAAAGUCAUUCCUUCACGCGCUUCCACGAGUAUGUCGUUGAAAGAAUAAGGUUUACACGGAACACAGUGAUAAAGAAUCUUGCCGCCCACCAGCGCGGUCGGCCAUCCAGUGCUCUUGGAGUCUACCCAAGUCUACUCGUGUAUAUAAAGAGUGGCCAGAGCAACUUCUCCUCGUCAUUCCAUGCAUUUUCAACACGUCUCAAAGCAACGCUUCUUCACCGGUGUCUGUCUCUUGGCGUUAACAUCUGUUGCUUUUGCAGCGGAGAACGACACUCAGUCAUGGAGUGAAGCUUCAUGGCUUCAAAUUCAGCCUUCCAAGGACCUCAAAUGGAUAGACUGUUACACUGGACUACAGUGUGCUCGUCUCCAGGUACCAUUAAACUACAGCGAUCCAGGAGGGGAAACGGCUGCAAUAGCCCUAACACGCCUACCGGCCAACGUAUCGAGUGCCGACAGUACGGAGUACCUUGGACCCAUUCUGUUCAAUCCAGGAGGUCCAGGAGGUAGUGGCGUCGAUCUCAUUGUUGAGCUGGGAGCCAAGUUGCAAGUUAUACUUGGACCGCGUUUCGACCUUGUUGGAUUUGACCCACGUGGCAUACACCGCUCGACUCCUGCGAUUUCGUUCUACGAAUCAACAGAGGAGCGGUUGAUGUGGAAUUUUACCCCUGAAAUUGAACUCAACCGCUCGGACACCAUGAGUAUUGCAGCUUUUGUGGCUAGGGCUCAGAUUACUGGAUCACUUGCGGCUCAGAGGGACAAGAAUGUUCUGGCACAUAUGAAUACUGACCACACGGCAAGGGAUAUGUUGAGUAUUAAUGCGGCUUACGGGAGGGAUAAGAUUCAAUAUUGGGGAUUUUCGUACGGAUCCAUCCUUGGUGCUACAUUUGCAGCCAUGUUCCCGGAUAAAAUCCAUCGGUUGGCCAUAGACGGAGUGAUGGACUCUGAUGCCGAUUAUUAUAACAUGAGAUGGCUAGGCAAUGUUCUGGAUACCGACAAGACCCUGCACUGGUUCUUCAAAGCAUGCCUCGAAGAGGGUCCAGAAGCUUGUCCCUUCCACGAACCGUCUAUCGAGGCAAUGGAGAACAAACUCAACGCGAUUUACGCGUCUCUCAUCAAAUCCCCGAUCCCCGUCCAGACCAGUAAAUCAUACGGCCUCGCCGACUACCCCGCAUUGCGUACGGUGCUUUAUAACCUCUUUUAUGCACCUGCUGCAUGGCCGGCGAUGGCGCAAGGUCUCCAAGACUUGAGUAAGGGGAAUGCAACGAUACUCUACAGUAUUUUCGAUCAACCUCGGUUCAAAUGCUCCUGCGACACUACACCUUUCCCUCCGGCCCCAGAGGCGUUGGUUGCACUCACGUGCAAUGAUGGGGAGGUUGUUCCGUCAGGCUUGGAGGAAGCCGAGCGACACUAUAACGAGGCUGUCUCCAACUUUGGAUCCUGGGCGAGUCUCUUUGCCGGUUUUAGGAAUUCCUGCGGUGGUUGGCCGAGGUCACUACCGAAGAAUCAGUUCCGAGGACCGGUUACUGCUCAGAAUACCAGUGUCCCCUUGCUCAUCAUUGGUAACACCGCAGAUCCCGCUACUCCUAUUGAAGGUGCUCGCAACGUUACAAGCAAAUUCCCCGGCUCUGUUCUCCUAACCCAAGACUCUCCUGGGCACGCUUCGAUAAAUGCCCCUUCAACAUGCACUGCUAUGCAUGUUCGCGAGUAUUUCGUGAACGGUACUCUACCGCCUGAAGGCACUGUUUGUCCUAUGGAUGGCUUUAUCUUCAAGAAAGCACCCGCCAGUAAGCGUGGUGAGACCUCCCGAGAAGCCGCUGAAAUCUUGGAAGCGUUGAAGAGUAUUGCUAGCUCCCGAGUUGAUAGACGGAGACUUCCGCCGCUUCAUGUCUAAAAGCGCCGCUAGCUGUAGCACUAGCAUCACUCUUUCGUGAAGAUGACAUUUGAUGAUGAUUCAACCAAUGUUCGAUUUUAGGAUGUGCUGAAAAAGCAGUUAUAUAUUUUGUCCUCCAGAUGCCCCCCCCUUUUUUUAAUUAUUCAUUCCUCUUCUUUCAUAAUGAUGGAGUAUGGUUAUUCUAAUGACUUCCCUUUUUUUGUUGGAUCCGGCUUGUAACCUCAGCAAGUUAGCUGGAGAUUCAGGUUCGUCCUUUUAGACCGCGACUACCCUUGCGGGUAUUCUUACCAAACCACUGCC